CGCAUUUUGAAGACUGGAGGACUACCUACAGGCGUGCAUGGUGCUCGUGCCCACGGGCUUUCUGAUCGUCGAUUGGCGCAGCUACGAGCAGUCGUUGCGCGUCCCGCCAUCGGAGUUUCUCGAGGAACUACCCUCGACUUCGGCUACUUCGAGAAGAAAUGGCUCAGGCCGUUGGUCCAGGCAGGUUGCAAGUUUUCGCUGCCGCAAAGCCUGGGCGGCCUCUCCGCGCGCGGCGGCACCUUGAAGGGCCCGCCGAGGCUCGACCCCAUCAUCAAUGUGCUCCAGCGCCUCCGCAGUGCAGGUCUGCAGGCAGAGGCGGCUUUCUUGGCGGGCUCGGCUUCAUGA